GUAUGAUAGAGCUGUCCGUUGGCAAUCGAGCUCUCCCCCCAUAGCUGUAGCCACAGACAGACAGAUAAAGAGCGGGCGCGCACCCAUUCUCCGUGGCGGCCGCCAUCCGCCGCCGACCACCGUAAUGACCUCCUACGCCCCCUACAGCAACGCCAUGCGCCUCGGCCAAGGCUUCAACUCGUACGCGCAGACGAUCUGCAUCGACAACGCGGUGGUGUUCGACGGCGUAUCGAAGAACCCACCGCCGCCGCCUGCCGCCCCCGAAGACGACGCACAGAAACAGGUCGUCACCUACUCCGCCGGCUUCGUCGAUAAGCUCUCCGACGUCGUCGAAGCGACCAACCUCUCCCCCAGCACGUCGAUAAAGUCCGGCAGCAUCGGGAACUCGGGCAAGGGCGGCGGCGGGUUUAUCGACUGCGACAAGUUCAAAGAAGCCCACCUCAACUACCUCGUGCACGCCAAAGUGACCGUACAAUCCUCCCCCCAAUCCGGCACGGAGACCCCACGGUUCCAGCGGAUCAAAUCGCUGCCCCCCCACCUCUUCCACCGCACCUUCGGCGACUGCUUCAUUAGCGGCUUCCUAAGCGGCGGUGAGUUCUCCGCCCUCGUUUCCUUCCGCUUCCUCCCCGGCGUCGAUCUGACGCUGGGGCGCAAGCUGGCGAUGGCGGCGCUUACGCCGCUGGGCGGUGACGCGGCGGGAGAGGAGGCGGGAGAGGGGGCAGGAGUGGGGGGGGUGGGGGGAGUGGGUGCGGACGUGCACGUCCUCCGUGCGAGGAGGGAGCUGGCCACGAAAGCAGAGGUCAGCGUCACCGUCAGCUGGAGCGGCGGGGGGCAGCGAGUUUUCUCGCCAGCGGCGGGUUCGGGUGCGGGGGGCGGCGAGCAGUGGGACAUAUCCUCGGUGAUGCGGGCGGCAGCGCGGUUCCCGUCGGCGGUAGCGAGCUGUCCGCAACGGAUCGCGGCGGUGCUGACGCGGUAUACUACCCUGAGGUCGUUUGUGGAGCAGAUGCCCGCGGUGGUCCCGCUGGAUUAUGAUAAUACAGUCCUGUACUCCGGUGAUCUGUUAGAUGCGUAUAUGGAGUAUAAACACCUGGUUAAGCAGCUUAAUCUCAUGCUCGAAACCCCCCACCUCUACGCCGAAACCCAGUUACUCGACGAGUCCCGAGAGGAGAUCAAGCCGAUCCGCCUGCAACUGUCAGAACUCGACGACGCGAAAACCUACUGCCGCCAGCAGAUGCUGCGCAUAGUCAAGGAGGUCGAUAAUAUUGCCAAAAACCCCGAGCUCGCGUGCGACGAGGAACACCUCCCGCCGUUCAUGAGCGCGGAGCUGUUUAAGGCUAUGAUGCCUGUGUUGAGGCAUGGGGGGAUGGAUGGGGGGCUUGGUGGGCAUAUGAGGAUUGGGGGGAGUGGGAGGAGUGGGAGGAGUAGUAGGGGGAGUGGGGUGGAGGGACGGUUGGGGAAGCGUGAUGACGACGGGGAGGAGGAGGGAGUGCUGGUUGCCGCUAGCUCGAGGGGGUAUGAAGAGUACUCGGAUGGGGACGGCGAGGGGAGGGCAUUAACGGAGGUGGGGCACGAGCAGGAGCAUGGGCAGGAGCACGAGCAGGAGGAGGAAUUAUAGAGGAGGACAGACUGUCAAGCAGUCAGACGGGUAGGCUUCUGUGAGUGAUGCACCAUGAUGGGAUAUAUAGAAUCAAACCAGGAAAUGUACAUACGCACGCUCUCUCUCUUUUUCAUCUCUUCUUUUCAUCUAGAUUGAUGCAGAAUGCGGGGAAUAUUGACGGUCCAAUACAAGAGUCCUGCAUCACACAAUGGAGACGGGAGAGUGAGCUCCUCGGCGCCGGUUUUUGUCGUUUUCAUGCGACUUCGUCUCGGCGCCGAGACGACCACCUAAAGACCGAAAAGUCUGUGCUCG